AGGCUGAGGACUAAAAAUGUAUAGUAAAGCAGCAGGACCAGUUUUUCUAGUCCAAGAGGAGAAAGAUGAGGCAGGCGUUGGUUGCCAUACAUUGGUAGGAAAUCAUACAAUGUGAAAGAGAAAAUCCCAGUAAAGGCAGGGUAAGACUAAAGACCACUGUAAGCUUGAUAGCAGUGAAUGUGAUUCAUCAGCACCCUAAAUGAGAUAGUGUGUGAGAGACAGACAGAGAGAGAGAGAGGAGGAAGAAGAACGAGGGAGAGAGACAAGAAGAAGAGGGUGGAGUUAAGAAAACACUGAAGGUGGAACUUAGACAAACAGAGAGCAGCACAGCGUUCCCCUGAGCCGGGCAAAUCACCUGACAAUAACAAGACAAUGAACAUCUGAACAGCACAGCUACACCUGGACUGCACCCAUACAUCAACACACUCGGCUGGGAAGAUGUAUGAAAACUGCCUGUUGACCAAAUGAAUGACAGAAGGGAACCCAGAGCAUGAUGAUGUGUUAACUGGAACAAACAUUUUCUCUGACAUAUAAAAGCCAAUUGGCAGAUUUGAGGACGUCUUCAUUGCCAAUGGCAGACUACCGCUGUGAGCCAGGGAACACCAUCUGUGAGAUCCGUGUGUAUCAGCAGGAGGUGAUUAUUGUACCCAUCUUGCUGCUGGCCAGCUUCCUGGUCACCCUGGUCUUCAUCCUCUUGCUGCGCUUUUGUCCAGAGAAAGUAGAUCGCAUCCGGCCACAGGCCUCUAAUGCGUCCAGGCCGCAAUACCCCAGGAGAGUGCUGCAUGGCAUCGAUGCUCCACCAGGUAUCAAUGUCCUGGAGCAUGAGAGUAUAGCUCUGGACGUGCCCAGUUCCUACUCCACCUUCAAUCCCCCACACACCUACUCCUCCAAAAACCUCUCCUUUGUGGACGCACCCUCUCUCCCACCCAGCCCCCACCACCAGUCCCUCAAGUUCAGUUUCACACCUACCGUCCAGCCCCGGGAGCUGCCCCGCCAGAGGCUGCCUGAGUCCUUCAAUCUAGUCACCCCUCUGCCUGCUGCCUUCUCCCUGCGCUCUGACUCAGCAGUCUCCCUCUAUAGAGCCCGUAUGGAAAACAGGAAUGUGGUCCUGCGAGUGCUCAACGACUCUGCUGAUGCCAAAGAGAGACACAACUUCCUGGGCUUUGCAUCUUUCCUGGCCCAGCUGGGACCGCAUGCCUUCCUGCCAGAGCUUCUCGGGGUGGUGUCUCUGCGGGCCCCUCUGGUGACGGUGGUGGAGGAGCUGGAGAACAGAGACCUGCUAAGCUUCCUGUGGCGAUGUCGCCAGGAGCAUGUGGAUCCUCCAUGUGAGAUGACUGAGAGACGAAUCUUUACCAUGGCAAAACAGGUGGCUUCAGCUCUGGAGUUCCUUCAUAGCAAAGAUCUACUCCACGGCAACAUCCGUGCUCGCAGCGUACUAGUCAGUGGGCAGUACACAGCCAAGCUUUGGGGCCUGAAUGGCGUCUACACAAGGAAAAACAAAAGUGCCACCCAGAGUGAUGAACCUAGCAUGAAGAAAUGGCAGGCCCCAGAGCUGUUAGCCAGGAGAUCUGCCAGCCAGAGCAGUGAUGUCUGGUCAUUUGGCGUCCUAUUGUAUGAAAUGGCGACACUGGGUGAAGCCCCUUUUGCAGAAAUCCCAGUUAAUGAACUUCUACAGUUCCACCAACGAGGCAAAACACUGAAAAAGCCAUCUCACUGCUCUAACACACUAUACUCCCUAAUCAAGGUCUGCUGCCAAUGGAAGGAGCAGGAUCGACCCUCGCUGGCUGAUGUCAGCCGCAAGCUCCUCUCAGGAGAGAAGAGUGCCUCUGACAAAGUCCUCAAGGUGCCUGAGCCGAUUAACAUUGAGCACUACCUGCAGGAGGCAGGAUAUGGGGAGUCCAACAGCUACACUGUUUUGUGAUUACCGCCUGUGCCAGCAGAGGAAAUGCACUUUGCUUAGGGCCUAAUUCCCCAAUGAUCCACUUUGAAAACAUGAGGUAUUACAGUUCAAAACAAUAUCUUUAUAGGUAUAACAAUAAAAGGUGCUCAAACUUUGAGUGCUUUGGGCAUUGGACCUGUCCUUGUUUCCUUCAAGUACCCUGUUACUUCAGGCUCCCAUAAGUUAAAUGAGCAUAGCCUCUAUGUGCUAAAGAAAUACUUUUGGGAACCAUUCAGCUUUCCUCUCUAAGACCUCAUUCAUGUGUUUUUUUUUUUGUUUUGUUUUGUUUUGUUUUUUUUGCCGAAUCUGACAAUGCCUUGUAGGAUCUGUGAAAACCAGCUGAAGACUUGUGUAAAGUAACAUUUUAUUGUAGCUGGACUAAGAUAUGUAAACAUGACCAAAACACAGCUGCUGCAUCUUCAGCUUGCAUCUGAUGACACUGUGUAUAUGAAGGUUGACAAGUCUUGUUUACAACCUGAAGUCAUUGUAUAAUAUGUAAUAUAUAAGUUAUAAUCUGUAUUUUUAUGAUUUGUAUCUCUGGCUAAGUUGGGGAUAGGAAUACCACAUUAAGGACUCAUGUAAUGUCUAGUAUGUUCAUUGCAGUGUCAUUAAACUGAAUUGUUUGAUAAAGUUUACCUGAUAACUUACCUUAGGCUACGCCAUCAUUUCCUCUAUUCAUUAUUUAUGAGCAAAAAUUAAAGUCAUAUUGCUUGCACAAACUCGAAUGUGAAUAAAUAAAUCCUUGCAA